AUGCUUGAUACAAACAAAGUUUUACGAAUUGCAGUUUCUUUUCUUGGCGUUCUUAUCUCGCUGUACACUCUUUACGUUGAAAUUCACGCUCUUGCUGACAAAAACUACAAAGCAAUGUGUGAUAUCAAUGAAAAUGUGAGUUGUACUAAAGUUUUUUUAUCAAAGCAUGGAAAAGGAUUUGGCCUGAUUGGACCAAUACUUGGAGAAAACUCUGCGUUAAAUUUGCCUAAUCCUGUUUAUGGAAUUGCCAAAGGUAAACUCGUUUCUGCAUCGAUUCAACUAAUUUCAUGCACAUCUCUCCAGAUACCUUCAACCAGUACUCAUUCAAAAGUUGCUUUAAGUGCUCAGUUGAUUGUAUUUGGUAAUAACUGUAUGAGCUGGAGCCCCGUCUUGUUGAAAGAUAAAUUGCUUGCUUCUACCAUACAACUGUCUGAUUGA